AUGUCCAUCGACAUCGAGGUGCGGCAGUGGGACGGCGUCUUCCAGGGCGGCUGGUUCUGCGCCACUGCGGUAAGGCGCGACGAGCGCAACAAAAAGGUGCUCUUGCGCUAUCACACCGAGGCAGACGGAGCACCGAUCCAAGCGUGGGCGCCGUCACAGUGUGUUCGGCAGAUGCCGCCUUCAGCCUCGCACGGGUGGGCGGCGUCGAUCCAGGAUGGCGCGCCCGUCCACGUUGCUCGCGGCGGCGGCUUCUGGCUCGCGCGCAUAGAAGGGCGGCGGAGGUCGGAGGGUUCUGCGGAGGCGUCGAGCUCGAGUGCCGGUGCUGCCACCGGCUGGAUCUUCACCGUGCGCGAGUCGAGCGGCACCGUGCAUGUGGUUGGCGAAGACGAGCUGCGGCCCGCCUGGCUGCUCAACCCCGACGGCGAGGCGCCCAUCGCGACCUGGAGGGAAGCGCGCACCUUGGAUGAGGCGCUCGCCGACGACUCUCGCUUUGUACCAACCUCGCCGCCUCUGGUGAUGGACCGCGAGCCAGACGCUCUCGGCGCAGGAGCGCCCGAGGCAGAGACGAAUGUCUCGGGGGCGGAGGCGGCAAUGCCAGCCCCGGCGCCCUCAGCGGAACCGGAACCCGCGGCGGCGGCAGCGCUGGCGGCGGCGGCGGCGGCGCUGCCGCCUUCUUCACCCUCGAGCUGCGCCGCGCCCUCUCCCGACUGGGUGCAGCUGGGGAGCGAGGUCGAGUUCUCGGACGCGUCCGGCGCGUGGUGCUCCGGCGAGCUCCUCUCUCUCCUCGACGCGGAGGGCGCCGCGGCGUCGGCAGGCGGGGCGGCGGUGACGGCGGUGGUCAAGAGCCGGCUGGCUGUCAGCGCGGGGCCGUACUCGGCGGGCAAGCUGCUGCUGCUGCGCACGCGGGUGCCUGUGGCCGACCUCCGGCCACGGCCGCCGCCGCCGCCGCCCUCCUUCCUCUCCCCCGCGACGGUUGGCAGCCGGCUCCAGCUCCGCUUCGAGGGCGCGUGGUGGGAGGUGGAGCUGCGGGGAGUGCUUCCGGCCGCCGGCACCGCCGAGGCGCCGGGCGGCGAGGGCGAGGGCGUGGAGGGGGAGGGCGGCGCAGCUGGCGAGAGUGCAGCAACUGGCGAGGGCGGCGCAGCAGCUGGCGAGGGCGGCGCAGCAGCUGGCGAGGGCGGCGCAGCAGCUGGCGAGGGCGGUGCGCAGGAGAGGAGCCCCGCCGCGCGCGAGAGCCGCUACUGCGUCGCGAGCGAGCGGCACCCGGAGGUGGGUGGCGAGGUGCGCGCCCCCAUGCUGCGGCCGGCGUGGGUCUGGGAGGCUGGCCAGUGGCGCGCCGAGGGGAGCCUGGCGGACGGCGAUGGCGCCGGCUGCCGCGAGGUGGGCGGCGAUGGGGAGAAGAAGGAGGAGGAGGAGAGCAGGGUGAGGGCGGGCUCGCACGAGGGCUCGAGCGCGCCGCCCGCACUGCGAGGCGCCGCGCCGCGAGAGGUGUCCGGCCUGCGCGUGCGGGUGUGGGACGCCUCGUCCGGUGGCGGAGCGCGGCGAGUGAUGCUCGGCACGGCGGUCGGGUACGCGCCUGGGAUGGGCCUCUGCGUCAGCCUCGACCCUGUGCCGCUGGGCCCUGUGGCGCGCGAUGCCGCCAAACCAAAGUCGAGGGGCGGCGGUGCCGCCGCCGCCGCCGCCGCCGCAGCCAAUGCCAACGCCACCGCCGCUUCAGCCGCCGCCGCCGCCGCCGCCGCCGCCAGUGCCGCCAGAGCCGCCGAUGCCGCGGCUGCCGCGGCUGCCGCCGCUCCCUCCCCAUCACCUGCUUCCUCCUCCUCCGCCGCCCCCCCGCCCGGCGGUGAUGACGAGCCGGAGGAGGGCUCCGACGCAGCCGCAGCCCCGCCCACGGCGGCCGCCACCUGCGCAGACUUCUCGCCAAAGCCUGCCCUGGGGCAGUGCGAGCGCAACCCGCUCUGCGUGCGCGGCUUUCGGCACGGCGGUCGCGGCGGGAAAUGCUCCUCCGCCCUUCCGGACGCGCGCCUGCGUCGCACCAGCCGGCCACGCCCGAGCCACGACUCUCCUCCUCCGGCCCUCACUCCCGCGAGCUCGGCAGAGUCCGCCGCGCCUGCUCGCCGCGGCCCUUGCGUGUGGGUUGGCUCCGGGGCGUCGUGGGAGUGGGUCCCUCUCGACGAGGCGCCGAGGAGCGCCGGCGACGAGGCGGAGGCUGCCGCGCGCGGGCUGGCGGCUGCGCGCGCGACCGCCCUGCUGAGCGCGUUCGCUCCGGCGAGCUCUUCCGGCGUCGAGAAGCCCGGCGCGAAGAAGCGGGCGGCGGAGGCGGCGACGCGCGAGAGCCUAGAGGUGGGGCGGCGCGUCGAGCUGUGGGGGCGCGAGGAGGGCUUCUUCGGCUCGUGGUACGAGGCCGAGGUUGUGCGUGUGCGCGGCUCGCAGGUCCAGGUCGCCAUCCUCGAGCUGUACGACGACGAGGGCCCGACGGACCCGGAGAGCGACGAGCCGCCGCCGCCGCACCGCCGCCUGCGCGAGUGGUGGCCCGUCAGCCGCGUGCGACCAAUGCCUCCGCCCGCCCCCUCGCUCGCGGGGCUGCGGAAGGGGGACCGCGUCGACCUGCGGCACGAGGGCGGCUGGUGGGAGGUUGGCGUCACGGCGCUCCUGCCUCGCGGCGGCGUGCGCGUGACGUACGAGUUGGGCGCCGCCUCGCACUCUCUCUCCGCGGAGGGCAUCGAGAGCGGCUCGCUGCGGCCGUGCUGGUUCUGGCGCCCCGACGGCUCCUGGAUGACGUGGCACCAGCACGCGGCGGCCGCUGCAAAGCGACAAAAGGCGGGCGGCAGCGUCGGCAAGGCGGGCGGCAAGGGCAGCAGCGCCAAGGCUCCACCCUCGCCGAAGCCGCCAGCCCACUGCGCCGGACGACCAGCCUGGCGGCUUCCCGAGGCUAACGGCGCCGGCCCCUCCGGACGAGCUGCCGCCGGCGAGCUGCGGCCCGCCGCCACGGCAGCCGGCACCUCCAAGUCGGCGCAGCCGGCAUCGCCGAGGGAGCCCGUCGCGGCAGACGGCGGACCGCUGUCGCCCAGCACACCGCACGGAGGCAGCGGGCCCAAGGGCGACAGCCGCCGCAGCCCACUUGGCCGCCCGCCGCAGGGUUUGGCGCUGCAGCGGCACCAGGCGCUCUACGGCGGGUCUGCAGCGGUGGUGCCGUGCGAGCUUCCGAGCCCGGACCCCGCGCAGCCGUCCCUCUUCUUUCCGUGCCGCGAGGCAGCUCUCCAGUUCGCCGCCGAGUGGGCGGAACAGAUCGCCCCGCUGUCGGUCGCCGAGGGAGCGCGCCAGCUGCUGUGGCACUUCCCGGCCGGCGCUUCUGUCAAGGUGCGCUGCACCCGCGAGGGCAACGAGUUGGGCUUGCCGCUCGGCGACGUGCGUGCCCGAGUCAUCUCGCUCGACGAGGCGCGCGGCGGGCUGCUCCUCUGCCCCGACUCGCCCUACGGCUCGCUAUUCUCCGUGCACCGGCUGUCGAACUUGCUGAACCGAAGCGGCAAGUGGAAGGCGGCCUUCAAGCUGCUCCGCGAGCCGCACUCCACGCCGAACGCGCCGCUGCAGGCGGCGGACGGCAGGCCAAUCCCGCUGCAGCCGACUUGGGAGUGGUGCGAUGAGCAUGGGCUACCGGCGCCGCACGCCAGCCGGCGCAUUUGGGUGGCGGACGCCGCUUGCCCCGGCGCACGGCAGCAGGUGCUGCAGCAGCAGCUCAAGGAGCAGCAGCAGAAGCUCAAGGAGCAGCAGCAGGCGCAGGCGCUGGAGCUGCUGCAGCAGGCGCAGGCGCAGCCGUCGCUGCCGUCGCCAGCGUCACCAAAGAAGCAGUGGGCAGCAGGGGGGCUCGGCCCUUGCAUCCUGACGGAGGGCUGCAUCCGCGGGUUCAAGCACGGCGGGAAGGGCGGGAAGUGCAAGGUGCCUGGUAUCGGCUCACCCACCGCCGCUCCCGCCGCCGCCAAGGUUUGCGCCCCACCGGCGCGCGCGUGGUGGGCGGGGACUUGUGGCGGCCUGUCGGCGGGCACCGGCUGGCAGCGGGUCAUCUACGACGACGGCUUCGAGCGCUUCCACAACGUGCCAAAGCUGCUCGCCCAGGGGCUGGCCUCGUGGGUGGAGCCGAGCGACGCUCGUGAGCCGAGCGGCGCCCAGCCAGACAUCGGCGCUCGGCAGGCGGUUGUGGGGCCCGCCGGCUGCUCUGCAGGCGAGGAGCCCGCCUCGGCAAAGGGGGAGGCCGGUGCUGGCGGCGAGGCCCAGCGGCACGCUCAAAAGGCCGCUGCGCAGGGCGACUCGGGCGUGGAGAGGCUCCGCCUGGAAGCGACGCUGGCGGCCGCUGCGCUCCUGCCGCGCCCGCAGCCCCGCGUGGGGGAGGAGAGAGGCGCGAGCGGCGCUCCCUCCGCCGCACCCCUACCUCUCCUCCCCAGCGCGCCGCUGCCGGCCGAGUCGUCGCCGAGGUCGGGACUUGCGCAGGAAGAGCGCCGCUCAGAGCCACCGUUGCACCACCCGCAGCCGAGGGCGCACUACGGCCGCAGCUUGCCUGUCGUGUGGGCCGCCGCGCCGCCCGCGGCGCACUACCAGCCGCCCGCUCCGUGGGGCCCGGUUGCCUCGUGGGGGCCGGGCACGCCGUGGGGAGACGCGCCCGGCAUGCCCCCGGUGGGGUACGCCCCUUCGCUGGGGUACCCCCCCUCGCUGGGUUGCCCCCCCGGCGUGCCGCCGCAGUGGGGCAUGACUGGCGCGCCCCUCGCCCCCGCCUCCAGCUCGCAUCCGGCUCCGGGCCCGGCAGUGAGGCACACUCGGGUCGUGGCGUCGCCAGUCUGUGGAGGGAGCUCGUUGUCUGAGCAGCACCCCGCCCACGCAGCGGCAUCGCCCGUUGCCGCGGCGGCAGCGGCGGCGGCGGCGGCAGCGGCGGCGGCGGCGGCGGCGGCGGCCACUGCCGUCGUGCCACCGGGGCUGAUGAAGCGCCCCUCCGGGCGCGCGCCAUUCGCGGCGUGCGGCACGCCCUUCCAGUGGGACGCGCACAAGGGGCUGUGGGUGAGCCCCGACGGCAAAGAGACGCGCGUGCCGGGCAAGGCGCGCAAGGCAAAGGGGCCGGGCGCCGACGCCGCGCCGGGCGGCGAGACUGCUGGGGCAGUUGCGGGUGGGGCGGCGCCGCGGGCAGCAGAGGCGUGUGCGGGGGCGGGGGCGGAGAAGCGACCUUGCAGCUCGCCCAGCGACCGUGCGAGCAAGAAGGCUGCACGCGCCGGGACGGACGGCAGCCCCGCCUCCGCAGGGGCGGCUGUCGGCGUGUCGCCGGCUGGGCAUGGGCGAGGGCACGCGUCUCCGCCUCGCGACGCCGCAAUCUCGACUGCGCUGGCCUCGCCUUGGCUGGUGGCUUCCUCUCCGGGCGUGGCGGGUGGGCGCGCCUUGCUCCGCGCCGCGGCGGCGGCCAUUUCGGAGGCUGGCGAGGCGGCCGCGCGGCGGCUAGCGCCCGGCAUCCGAGCGGCGCCCGCCCUCGACCGGUUGCUCGUCGGCCCUCUCCCCCUGUGCGAGGGCGCCUCGCCGCUCGUGCUUGCGGCGCCGCUGCGCUCUCGCAGCGGCACGUCGGAGGAGCUCGCCGCGAUGGCGCGGCUGCUGCUGCGCUCUGCCGUCUGGCCCGCCGCCGCCGACCGGCCCGCGAUCUCCACCAUCGGGCUCCCCGCCCAGCAGGCGCGAGACCGCGUCACCGCCCUAGUGACUCAUCUCCACCCGACGGGAGAUUGCCGCACCGUUGGCGUGCUCGCGCCGACAGCGGCCGGCCGCACCAGCGCCGCCGGCGGCACCGGCGACGCCGCCGGCACCGGCGACGGCGACGCCGCCGAGCUGCUGGCUGCGGCGGCGGUUCGCGCGCACUGCUCGGCGGGUGGAGACCUGCUCGCCCUCGAGGUGCUCCUCACCGCCGCGGCGGACGAUCCGGACGGCGGCGGGGAGCCGAGCGGCGGCGGCGGCGGAGGCGGAGGCGGAGACCGAGCGUUGCGGCGGCAGCUGCAGAGGCGGCUGCUCGCGGCGGCGCUGCUCGAGCUGGCGCUCGCCACGACAGAGGCGGCGCGACACGGCGGCGCUGCGCUCAGGCAGGCUCAGGGCGCUUCGCCCUCGUCCGAGGCGGCCGGCGGCGGCGCAAAGGGGCUCGCGAGAGGGGCGGAGGAGGCGAGCGCGCCGCCGACCGGCGAGUCUUCCGACGAGGGUGCCCUCUUGCUCUUGCACGCGCCUCGGUGCGACGUCGAGUUUUGGCGCCGGCAAGGCUUUUGCGAGCCGAGGCUCUUGCCGCAAAAGCGGUUGCGCGCCAUCGCCGUCCAAGCAAGCUGCGGCCGGGGAGGCGCGGGGGUGGCGCUCGAGUGUUUCACCCCCGACGGCACCAAAGCCCCGGUGGUCCUCGCCGCGGUGGCGACGCCGCAGCACGAUUACGUCGGCACCGCGGCGCGCGCGUGGCGAUUGUGGUGCGGCGGCCCCUGA